CGGAAGUGGAAAAUGCAUGGAUUAGUGUGUUUACAACUCAUAAUCCUGAGUGCACCCGGCAUCACCCUGCUGCUUUACAGACCCGUGUAAUUUGAAUUUGCAGACUGGUGCUACCUAGGACAUAACGAAUCUUAUAAUACAGGCCUGUUUUACUUUCUUAGUGAGGACUACGGAUUGUUAUUGCGGACUAGCUGUGUGAUAUCUGCCGCAGCCAUGAACACACCAUCUGUGGAAGUGGGACAAGGGAACAGAUGGCGCAUCCAAGCCGGCCUGCAGGGCUGCUGACGCUUACUGUUAAAACAGCACUGAAGAGGAGUAUCAAUCAUUAAAAUAAAAGGCUGUCACUGGCUGUUGCACAGUAGGGCUAUAUUUUGCAGACUAACGAUGCCAGAGUUGGAUAAGAGUGUUUGACAGGAAGCAACGUAGAUUGACCAAAUUGAUGCGCGACGACUGGAUCACUGGCAUCAACUUAAUCCCUUUUGACGUGUCUUGCUCGGUGAACAAUGGUUGACAACCGCUACGCUACAGCUCUGGUCAUCGCCUGUGUGUUGAGCAUACUGGCCACCGUGUAUCUAUCGGUGGCCAUAGGGACGCAGCACUGGUACCAGUACAGCAGCCCCACCGUGCGCGGGGAGGCCAACGUGUCAGAGCUGCGCUCCCUGUAUGAGGAGUUCAUGGACGGGGAGUUUGAUGAGAAAACCUACAGCGACACCCUGUUCCGCCUUAACGGGACUGUGGGCCUCUGGUGGCGGUGUGUGCUCGUUCCUGCCAACGCUCACUGGUACAAAGAGCCAGAUGCCAAGAUGGUGCUGGAGUGUCGAAGCUUCACUCUACCUCAGCAGUUCACUCCCAAGUAUAAAGAACCAGGAAACCACAACAGUGGAGAGGACAUACUGCGCACCUACCUGUGGAAGUGCCAGUUUCUGCUGCCACUGGUGUCUCUGGGAUUGGUGGUGUUGGCAGGCCUGACUGGGUUCUGUGCCUGCCUCUGCCGAAGCCUCACCCCAACUCUUGGCAUAGGAGUACUUCACCUGCUGGCUGGUCUCUGCACCUUAGCUACAGUGUGCUGUUACCUGGCGGGGAUGGACCUGCUCCACAGGGUAUCGAUGCUGCCUGAUAAGGUGGAUGGCUCUCUGGGCUGGUCCCUCUACUUGGCCCUCAUUUCCUCGCCACUCCACAUGAUGGCCGCGGCGCUGCUGGUGUGGGCGGCACGUAGCCACAGUCAGAACUACUACCGCAUGACCGCCUACCGGGUGGCAUAGACUGAGAUUCAGCUCUGGAUCUCUGCCCUGUUUCAAGUCAUACCCCACUCUGACACCAAGAUGCAUUUUAUAAUGAUCUCAGAAGAAUGGGAUGUGGGUUAAUCUGUGCGUUUUGCCCUCUGAUGGAUUAAAGUGCAUGUACUCUAAAGUAAUGACCCUAUCUGCUGCAUUAAAAGAUUUGUUUUUUAUCUCUCUAGGGGUUAUGGAAUUGGUUUGAAAAAGGUCAACCAGAAAGAUGUGUAUAGCACAACAUAUGUUUGGUUCAAAGUAACUUAACACCAAGCUAAAAAGCUGUGUCCCAGUUUCAUAUUACACAUGAAUUAUUUCCAGGUUAUGAAUAUGUAGUGAGACGACAUUGGAAUAGAACAAUUGUGGUACUCUCCAAGUUAAUUGCUGACAUUUAGGAAUGCAGCAAGAUCGCUUCAAGGAGAGUUUGAUAGGGCAAGAAACAUUAGCAGUCAACAUGAUCAGACAGGAUUUAAACAAGUCCCCAGGUUACUCAAACUUACUUGGAAGAGAAAAUUGGGUCAACCGAUUAAAUUAUUACUCAAACAGGUUCAACAGAAGCAUAACUAUACACACAUCACAUUUUUAAACAUUUUGAUCUGACUGGAACUGUAAUAAACAGAAAAUGUUAAAGUAUACUAAAAAAUGUUAGAAUGUGUGCUAAAUUUGCUUGAUUCCUGAGUAUGUUGUUGAUUAUUGUUAACUGGCUGAAAACAAAAAGGCAGUGUGUUUGAAAUUCGCAAAUUGAUUGAUGUCCACCGGCAUGCAUCUUGCAUAAUUUCCUGCAUACUAUUGAGAUUAUUAUAUACAGUAGUACAUAAUAUAUAUUAUAUUAAGUAUGUGGUAUGGAAUUGGGACACCCCUUUUGUUUCAGUGACGUCUUCUAGUUUACAUUUUCAAGUCUAUCGCACCUGAGAUCACACCCAGAAUUACUUUGGUCUGUUGACAUUUCCCCUUUGUUGCACUCAUAAAAACACCUGACAAUACAGUUCAGGUGAACUGAACACACCCUGAGUAUGUUUCCAUGGCACUGCAGCAAGACAAAAACCUUGUAUGCAACCAUAAUAUUUAUUUUGACAGAGGAUUGCUAUUGUGUAAUCAGUCUUUUACUUCUGCUGCUUCAAAACAUAGUCUGUGAAUGUGGGCGGCAAGUACAGUGAGCGAGACAACAACUUAUUACUUUAUUUAUGUUUCUGUUUGAUUUCUGUCCCUUUUUUUUAAACUAAAGUGACAUUUAUUUAUUCAUGGCCAUUAUUAAGGUCAGUCUGUGUUUGUUUAUAAUUUCUUUACCCAAUGCAUUGUUUUCUUUGCUAUUUUCAAGCAUAUUUUUAACGUUUUGAAAAGAUCAUUUUUUUCAACAUAGUAGUGGUUUUUUUCACCAUUUCUUGUUUGGUUUCGUUGCCCUUACAUGCUCAUAUAAAUUGGUUUCCACAUGCUUUUGUGAAUUCAGUUGUGUUUGUUUAUAUGUAUUUAAUUUAUAUGUGUUCCUUUAUAUGUGUUUUUAUUGAUUUAUCACCAUUUCAAUUCAACAGGAUUUAAGGGAAAUAGUGUUUCCCUGUUAGGCAUUAUGAAUGUAAUUUAAAGGCCAUAUUGUGAUAAAGUACAGUAUUCCUUUGCACUUAAAUUAUUGUUGAACAUAUUCUGAAUAUUGCUGUAGUGGUCAGUAGUGAAUUUCUAUUUUUUGAUCAUGUAAACGUCCCAAAAAAUAUACUUUUAGAAAAAAACGUACCCUAAAAGCCAUGCAAUGUUUCCAGAAAUAUAUAAAUUACCACCAGUCAGACAGUUUCAUAAAACAAAAGAAUGUCUGAAUUGAAGCACUGUGUGUUGUCUGAUAGGUCUCAUGAUAAAUCAGUUGUAUUUUGCAUAUUCAGCCAUUUAAUUCAAGAAACUGUUCUAUCCCUGCAUCCAGUGUAGCAUAAAUAUAACAGCAAAUGUCACUGUAUGACUGUGCUUUUGUGAAUCUACAGUGAAUGUGUUGUUCAUUCUCCAGUUGUGCGCUAAAACAGUUAAUAAUUGUAGCCCACACUUAAAUAUUGUCAGUGUAUGAGAGCGUGCAAGUGCGUGUUCCAAGCAACUGCUGUCAUUUCAAUAAAAGUAACAUUUUAGUAAAGUUUA